AUGGGUCUUCGAUUAUCAAUCGAAAUUCAUCGAUUGUUUAAUAUUUAUUUGAAUAAUUUCAUAGCCUCAAUUGAGGAAUGUGAUAAUGGCAGCAGUGAUAUCGAUGAAAAUAUUGAUAGUAUUGAUGAUAAUGAUAAGAACGAAGAUAGUAUUACAGAUGAUAACAUCUGGUCUAAAUCAGGAUCAUUACGAGAAUUUCUCAGUGAUUACGAGAAUAUCAUAAAUAAUCGAAAUCAAUUAUCACAAACAAACAACGAACGAGCUGGUGAAUCAGGUUAUCGAAGUGAAUCAACAACAUACGAAGAAACAAUAUCCACAACUCGUUAUUCAGAUUCUGCUGGUACACCUGAAUACAGGUAA